AUGAAAUUCCUCGCAAGAAACAGUAUGCCGUCUCUAUUUGACACCAGGCCGUCCGUCGCCCUACGGGAUCGCCAAUACACCUGCUUGCGCUGGCUGGGCUAUCUCGCCUGCCUGGUCACCGUUAUCCAGACAAGCUCAUAUCUCUUUGGGUACUCAGAGAUAAAUCUUAUCCAAAAUGUCUGUGCUUCGUUCCAUCGCCCUGGGAUCCUUCGGCCCGGUCAAUAUCAUGGGAUUGUCGGCAUGGGGGACAAGGUAGCAAGCGAAGACUCACCUGAGCCAGAUGUGUUGGGCAUGGCACAUGAUCGGAGAGACAAGCAAUUCUAUCUCGGUGGUACCUUAACCCUAACCAGUAUCGAGUCUGCCAACGCCUCUCACCCAGUCCCGUUUAUCUACGACCCGUACCCAGCAUACAACAGUCGAGAAUGGAAGAAGCUGUUCCACGGAAAGUUCCAACCUUGCCUCGGACCCAGGAAUCGUUAUCUCAACCGCAGGUCUAUAGAAGAUAUGAUCCAAGUCUACAAGGGCCAACAAGCCGGGUUCCCAGCACCACGAUUCGGAUCGUACGAGGUAUUGGAUCUAGAUGGAAACGUUUGCACAGACAGGUACUCCCGCUUUGGGCUAUAUGGAUAUGAUAGCGAUGGCGAGGACGAAGUGCCAGGCUUCACGCGCCCUCCCGCAGUGCCGUGGUGCGAGAUUGAUUGGCACAGGCUGCAAACCCUCUGCCUGGAAAGAAAUGCAGACAGAUACGAGUCAACUGAGACAGCCCACACUUCAAACCAGACCCCGCUAGCCUUCGAUCUUCCUCAGAUUCCUCACAACUUAUGGAAGCCACCUGGGGGUGCUUCGGGGGUGAAACAAUUUCAACCUCGCUCGGCAGUACUGAUUCGAGCUUGGAUUGGGCUUGACUGGAAGCCUCAUCAUCGCGAAUACCUUCGGGCUUUGAUUAUGGAACUUUCCUUGCAUUCUGGUGGAGAAUAUCAGAUCUAUCUCCUGUGUCAUGUCAAGGAAAACGAGAUGCCCAUAUUUUCCGAUAUCAAGACCAUCAACCGGCUCAAGAAUUCCAUACCCGAAGAAUUUCGGAAUAUGGCUCUUUUCUUCAACAACAAAAUGCUGGAAGCUUGGUAUCCCAAGAUUGAAGAACACAGUCCCCAACUCCAACACCACCAACCUCUACAGAUAUUCUCCCAGCUGUAUCCCCACUUCGACUAUUAUUGGCAACUAGAAAUGGACGGUCGUCACACAGGACACAUCUACCAUUUCCUAGACCGGGCAGUCUCAUUCGCACGCCAACAACCCCGCAAAUACCUCUGGGAACGCAACGCCUACUUCUACACCCCCGGCGCACACGGCAACUGGAGCCAAUUCACGCAAAUGGUGCACGAAAGCCUAUCUGACAAGUCAAACCAGACAAUCUGGGGCCCAGUAUCUCGCACAGGGAUCAGGCCACUGGGCCCCGAGCCGCCAGUGCCACACCCAGAUCAAGACAACUACACCUGGGGCGUGGGCGAAGAAGCGGACUUCAUAACAUUCCUGCCAACCUUCAACCCACAAGAUACACAGUGGACAUUCCCGGACAAAAUCUGGAACUUCAGAUACGGCGAGGGCACGCCGCGCCGCGCCGCGGUCAUCACAAUGGGGCGGUACUCCAAGCGUCUGCUCGAUCUGAUCCACCACGCGCAGGCAACGAAGGGCCUCGGCCUUGCAUCGGAGAUGACAGGUGCAUCGUGGGCUUUGUUCCAUGGCCUUAAGGCUGUGCAUGUUCCCCACCCUAUCUAUGCGGAUGGACAGUGGACGCCGAGAGAACUGGCACGCAUCUACAACCCUGGUCCACCGGAGAAUAUCAACGGGGGUCCUGAUAGUAUUUGGAAUUUUGAUCAUAUCUUUGAUCAUAUUACGUACCGGCUUUCGUACAUGUUCACGACGCAUAGCGCGGAGGAUUUGUACAGACGUUGGCUGGGGUUUAGGACUGCGGAGCAUGAGGGUGGGAAAACGAUAUCUGAGGAUCGCUAUGGUCGGCAUUGCUUUCCGUCUAUGUUUCUUCAUACGAUCAAGAACACAGCUCAAAGGAUGGGGCCAGACAGGGCUGUUCCUUGA